UCUCUCUCUAUAUCUCUCUCUCUAAAUUACACAAAAACAAAGGACUAAAUAAUAAAAAAGAAAGAAAGAGAAGAAACGAUGCCGUCUUCAUCAGUAGUGAUUGUCUCAAAAUGCACUAUAUACCCCGAACGCAGCUCCACGAUAAAGUCCCUGAGGCUCUCCGUAUCUGAUCUCCCCAUGCUCUCCUGUCAGUACAUUCAAAAGGGGGUUCUUCUGCCGUCGCCGCCUCUCUCCUCCGCGGAUCUCCUCUCUCUCAUCAAGCUCUCACUUUCCAGAACCCUCUCUGAGUUUCCACCGCUCGCCGGCCGCUUGCAGACCGACGCCGUCGGACACGUGCACAUCGUUUGCAACGACGCCGGCGUUGAUUUCUUCCAUGCCAAGGCGCCGCACAUCUCCGUCGCCGCCCUGCUUCCGCCGCACGAUCGUGAUAUACCGUCGGUGUACCGCCGGUUCUUCCAGUACGAUAGCACGCUGAGCUACGCCGGACACGAUAGGCCGCUCGUGGCGGUGCAGGUGACUGAGCUGAACGACGCCGUUUUCGUCGGGUGCGCCGCGAAUCAUGCCGUGAUGGACGGAACCUCGUUCUGGAAUUUCUUUAACACCUUCGCUGAAAUGGCGAGUGGGGCGAAGAAGAUCUCGAGAUCGCCGGACUUCAGCCGCGACACUGUUUUUGAUUCGCCGGCGGUGCUGGCGUUCCCCGAAGGAGGGCCGUCGGCGACCUUCUCCGGCGACGAGCCUUUGCGCGAAAAGAUCUUCCAUUUUAGCAGAGAAGCGAUUAUGAAGCUGAAAUUCAGGGCAAAUAACGCCGCCCAAAAGCCAGAAUUCGGUGUCCCGGAGAUCUUGGGGAAACAGAGUAACGACAGUUGGGCGGUUAACUGCAAAACUAACGGAAAGAUAACGCCCGUUAAUGACGAAAGUACUUUAGUGAAGAAAAAUCCAACGGCUGAGAUUUCAUCAUUCCAGUCACUCAGCGCCCAUCUCUGGAGAUGCGUGACACGUGCCAGGAACUUAGACGCAAACAAGACGACGACGUUUAGGAUGGCAGUGAACUGCAGGCACCGGCUCGAGCCGCGGCUGGAGCCGCUCUACUUCGGCAACCUAAUCCAGAGCAUCCCAACCGUCGCCACCGCGGGAGAGCUGCUGUCGAACGACUUGAGCUGGGGGGCGGAUCGGCUGCACCAGAACGUGGUGGCGCACGGGGAUGGUACGGUGCGGCGCGGCGUGAAGGAGUGGGAGAGCAAUCCUAGGUUGUUCCCACUUGGGAAUUUUGACGGUGCGAUGAUGACCAUGGGAAGCUCCCCUAGGUUCCCAAUGUACGACAAUGAUUUCGGGUGGGGCCGACCAUUGGCCGUAAGAAGUGGUGGGGCCAACAAAUUUGACGGCAAGAUCUCGGCCUUCCCUGGCCCUGAAGGAAAUGGAAGCGUUGAUCUUGAGGUGGUGCUUGCACCCGAUACUAUGGCCGUCUUAGAGAAUGAUUUCGAAUUUAUGCAAUUUGUUUCUUGAAUUAUGUUAUUUUAUUCGCUCCUAAAAAAAUUAGUAACUUUUUAAUCUUUUAAUUUGAAAAUGCAAUUAUGGGUCUAGAUGGAAGGUCGAUUUAACCCUCGCCAAUA